GAACUAGUAGACCAUCCCUACCCUGACGGGCAGCUGCCUUACCCAACGGGGCCACAGCAGGUCCUUAUAGGGGGAAGGAGAGCAAGGGGCUGCGCCAGUUGCCUGGCAGUGUUCGAGGCUUUGCGUGCUGGUAGUAGUCGCUCACCUUUCUCGUAUGUGGUGGCUUUAGGCUUCUGAAGCAGUAGGCUGUUGGUUUUGAGCCCACCCAGAACACUCAAGUUUUGCUCUUCUAGCAUAUAUAACUGGUUUUAUCUACGUACCUAAGAAUAAAAGGUAAUGGAGACUGAACAACAGGAGGAGACCUUUACCAAUACGGAGACAAAUGGCAAACGUCCUGCAGAAGAUAUGGAAGAAGAACAGGCCUUCAAAAGAUCUCGGAAUACAGAUGAAAUGGUUGAAUUACGCAUCUUGCUUCAAAGCAAAAAUGCUGGAGCAGUGAUUGGAAAAGGUGGCAAAAAUAUUAAGGCACUUCGUACGGAUUACAAUGCAAGUGUUUCAGUCCCAGACAGCAGUGGCCCUGAGCGCAUCUUGAGUAUAAGUGCAGAUACAGAGACAAUUGGAGAAAUCUUAAAGAAGAUUAUCCCUACUUUAGAAGAGUAUCAACACUACAAAGGUAGCGACUUUGACUGUGAAUUAAGACUUCUAAUUCACCAAAGUCUAGCAGGAGGAAUUAUUGGUGUCAAGGGUGCUAAAAUCAAGGAACUCAGAGAGAACACUCAGACCACCAUUAAGCUCUUUCAAGAGUGUUGUCCUCAUUCCACUGAUAGAGUGGUGCUUAUUGGUGGAAAACCUGAUAGAGUUGUAGAAUGUAUCAAGAUUAUUUUGGAUCUUAUCUCUGAGUCUCCCAUUAAAGGACGGGCCCAGCCUUAUGAUCCCAAUUUCUAUGAUGAAACAUAUGACUAUGGUGGCUUCACAAUGAUGUUUGAUGAUAGAAGACGUCCAGUAGGCUUUCCAAUGCGUGGAAGAGGAGGCUUUGAUCGAAUGCCUCCUGGUCGUGGUGGACGACCUAUGCCUCCAUCAAGAAGAGACUAUGAUGACAUGAGCCCUCGCAGAGGACCUCCACCACCUCCACCUGGUCGUGGUGGCAGAGGUGGCAGCCGAGCUCGUAAUCUUCCUCUUCCUCCUCCACCACCUCCUCGUGGCGGAGAUCUCAUGUCUUAUGACCGAAGGGGUAGACCUGGAGACCGUUAUGAUGGAAUGAUGAUGCAGUGUCAUGUGGAUGCCUGUGAGGACAUGCAGCCACCAGAGCUGUUUGAAGGUGGCUCUGGAUAUGACUAUUCUUACACAGGGGGUCGUGGUUCAUAUGGAGAUCUUGGUGGACCCAUCAUCACAACACAAGUAACAAUUCCCAAAGAUUUGGCAGGUUCUAUUAUUGGAAAGGGUGGUCAGAGAAUCAAACAAAUACGGCAUGAGUCAGGAGCUUCAAUCAAAAUCGAUGAACCACUAGAAGGCUCAGAAGAUAGAAUAAUAACUAUUACAGGAACACAGGACCAAAUACAAAAUGCUCAGUAUUUACUGCAGAACAGUGUGAAGCAGUAUGCAGAUGUUGAAGGAUUCUAAUGCAAGAUUAUUUUUUCUUUUUUAUAGUGUGAAGCAGUAUUCUGGAAAGUUUUUCUAAGACUAGUGAAGAACUGAAGGAGUCCUGCACCUUUUUUGUGGUGUUUUUUGGGGGGAGGUUUUUUGUUUUUUAAUAUCUGCUUCUGUUUAAAAGCCAACAUUCCUCUGCUUCAUAGGUGUUCUGCAUUUGAGGUGUAGUGGAAUCUACUGUUCACCAGAUGUAAUGUUUUUAGUUCAUUACAAGUAUGUGGGGAAAGGAAAGGCUGCUGCACAAGACUAACUGAAAUUUUGAAACAGCAGCAGAGAAUGGAUUUUAUUUUUGUUCAUUGUUGGGGGUAAAUUGUUUUUUUCUGUAACUCCUGUGAACACCCUGCUUUUAUGUACACUGUAAAUUUUUGUUUUUGAAGAGGGGAGAAGACUGGUCAUCCAUAUGUCCAUGGCAUCCUUUGAGAGCAGCGUGCAGAAUGUAAUGCUCUAAUUUUCUUUUUUUUAAUGCUUUUUUUUUUUUAAGAUAUUAUUUUUUAAAUUUAGGGAUCCUAUUAUUGGUGGUCAUUUUUUUCCAUAUAAGGUAAUAUUAAAAAUGGACACACUCUUUUUUUUAUUAUUCUCCUCAUAAAAAUGUGUAAAUGAGAAUUGCCAUUAAGCUUGCCCUUCUGCUUCUUUAAUAUAGAUGGAGUUACAUGUUGCUGGCAAAUUAAAGAAAUGGUGCAAAAACUGUGGGUCAGCAUUGCUAUUUGGGGAAAGAAGUACAAAAAUAUUAAUAAUGUUUGAAAUAUGA